AUGGACAGGAGGGCGAUGGCUGCUGUAAGCGCCGAUUCUUCUUCAUCCUCUGGCGAUUCCAGCUUCUGGGAGCUCGAUGAUGUUUUCUUGCAGAUGGUGGGUAUUGAAGGGCACAAUCCUAGUGGACACUGUCUAAUUGCAUCAAAGAUUGUUGACUGUGUCCCCUUAUCAGUUUCUUCGAAUGAUAAUCUCCCUCCAGGAAAGAAACAAGCUAUGGAUACGAAUAUUCAUUCAAUAGAUCCCUCUCAGGAAACAAGGGAGCUCUCAUUGGUAUCCCUUGAAAACGAAGAGCAAACCGUCAGUAAUGGAUCACCCAGGAUGCCUGGGAUGGUCAACUGGGGCACAGCAACUGUAAUUGGAGUAUUUGCUGGAAUGUUAUAUGGAGGUAGCAGAGAGGCAUCUGCUUCUGUUAGCAAAGAUGCAGAAGUAAUGUUGAAGCUUGGGAGCACACCCGAUAAGCGCGAACAGUAUCGACUAAUGAGAGAUGCAAUGGAGAAAAGAUUUAUUCGGGUGACUCGUGGUUCAAUAGUUGGUGGUGUGCGCCUUGGAAUGUUUACUGCUGCCUUUUGUGGCUUACAGAACUUGCUUGCUGAAAAGCGAGGCGUCCAUGACGUUUAUAAUGUAGUUGGAGCUGGUUCUGCAACUGCUGCUACAUUUGGUUUAAUUUUGCCAGGUUCACUUCGUUGGCGUGCAAGGAAUAUGAUGCUGGGUUCAGUUAUGGGUGCUGCAAUUUGCUCCCCUCUUGGUUGGCUUCAACUAAAGCUUGUAGAGAAAGCAAAUGAACAAAGGGCAUUGGCUGCUUCUGAAGUUAGGGAUACUACAGAAUAA